GAAAGUUCAUGCACUUUAAGCCUCGUGCAGUGUUGCUUUUAAUAAUGAUCAACGACACUCUUGCGUUUGGAGAACUGGACGCGAAUGUCUCUGAGCCGCUGACUGCUCUCUCUCUCAGCCACAACCGCAGUGCGCUCCAGCUGGAUUCCAAGUCUCUGGUCACUUCAGCCACGAUGUUCGCCGUGGGAGUCCUGGGGAACCUGAUUGCCAUAGUUGUGCUGUGUAUCUCCAAAAAGGAGCAGAAGGAAACCACUUUCUACACCCUGGUCUGCGGGAUGGCGAUCACAGACCUGCUGGGCACAUGCUUCACCAGCCCGGUAGUGAUCGCCACAUACGUAGCCAGUCGCUGGCCAGGAGGCGCGCUGCUCUGCCACUUCUUCUCCUUCUCCAUGCUCUUCUUCGGGUCUGCGGGGAUGUCCAUCCUGUGCGCCAUGGCCGUGGAGCGAUACCUGGCCAUAAACCAUGCGUAUUUCUACUCCCAGCAUAUAGACCGGACAAUGGCGCGUUUUGCGCUGCUAGUCACCUACCUCGCCAACAUCGUAUUGUGCAUCAUGCCCAGUUUUGGCUUCGGGCAGCACGUCAGGCACUUUCCCGGGACUUGGUGCUUCCUGGACUGGAGGGCGAUGGAUCCACUCGGAGCCUGCUACUCCUUCCUGUAUGGCGGCGUGAUGCUGGUGCUGAUCGCAGUCACAGUUUUGUGUAACUUGGCGGUGUGCAGGUCGCUGGUGGGGAUGAACCAGAGGACAGGGAUAGUCAGGACGGAGUUGUGUGAGCAGGGCGGUUCACGUCGCCUCUUCCCCCGUUUGCCGUCGGUUACCUCGGCGGCGGAGAUCCAAAUGUUCUGGCUUCUGAUCUUCAUGACCAUCGUGUUCCUGGUCUGCUCCAUCCCUUUAGUGGUGCGAAUCUUCGUCAACCAGCUGUAUGACCCUGCCUAUAUUUCUGCUGGGGGGAAGCCUGACUACCGGAGUGACCUGUUGGCGAUCCGCUUCGCUUCAUUCAACCCCAUAUUAGACCCCUGGGUGUACAUUUUGUGCCGGAAAAACCUGCUGCUCAAGGGCUGUGAGAGGCUGAAGAGGACAGUGGCACAGGUUAAGGACGGUCGUAGGGACAACAUUCGCUGGGUAGGAGGUCAACACUCCCCCCCGUCUUUACAGAGCAAUGACACCAGUUACGCGUCAUUACGCACAGCCAGCUACAGGAACGACUUGGAACACCAGGUGUCGAUCAAAAAUAAAUCCUUUACAGACUUCGCGAUGAGGCAAGCGUGGGAGUACGACACCGCCCGGGUCAACUUUCACCCCUUCAGCGUCGAGUCGACCGCGAUCCUCGGGUGUGAGGAGGAAGUAGCAGCUGACACCAAACAGGAGGUGGCGUCCAAGUCGUCUCCCGGAAGAAGUCCAACACCGCUGCUUAGAAGAGUGGACAUCGUCACCUGCACGUUCAGCACACCGAGCUCCUGUCAGUCAGCGAAAUGCCUUUGA